ACUAAGCCUGGGCAGAAUGCUCGUAAAGUAGCAACUUAAGUGGCAGUGUUUAUUCUGAAAUUUUCAAGCAACCAGAGUGUCUUAGGCAAACUUUUAUAAAAUAGCCCUUAUCCAGGGUUUCUCUAACGAAUCCCAAGAAGACAGAAGAAUGGAGAGGCUGCGAAGGUUUAUGUCAGGGAAGGAUGAGUAUCAGUUUCAACAUCAGGGAGCGGUGGAGCUGCUUGUCUUUAAUUUUUUGCUCAUCCUUACCAUUUUGACAAUCUGGUUAUUUAAAAAUCAUCGAUUUCGCUUCUUGCAUGAAACUGGAGGAGCGAUGGUGUAUGGACUCAUAAUGGGAUUAAUAUUACGAUAUGCUACAGCACCAACUGAUAUUGAAAGUGGAACUGUCUAUGAUUGUGGGAAACUGGCCUUCAGUCCAUCAACUCUGCUGAUUAAUAUCACUGACCAAGUUUAUGAAUAUAAAUACAAAAGGGAAAUAAGCCACCACAACAUCAAUCCCCACCAAGGCAAUGCUAUACUUGAAAAGAUGACAUUUGAUCCAGAAAUCUUCUUCAAUGUUUUACUGCCACCGAUUAUAUUUCAUGCAGGAUACAGCCUAAAGAAGAGACACUUUUUUCGAAACUUAGGCUCUAUUUUAACAUACGCCUUCUUGGGAACUGCCAUCUCCUGUAUCGUCAUAGGGCUGAUUAUGUAUGGCUUUGUGAAGGCUAUGGUAUAUGCUGGCCAACUGAAAAACGGAGACUUUCAUUUCACUGACUGUUUAUUUUUUGGCUCAUUGAUGUCUGCUACAGAUCCAGUGACAGUGCUGGCCAUUUUCCAUGAACUGCACGUCGACCCCGACCUGUAUACACUUUUGUUUGGAGAGAGUGUGUUGAAUGAUGCAGUGGCCAUAGUCCUUACAUAUUCUAUAUCCAUUUACAGUCCCAAGGAGAAUCCAAAUGCAUUUGAUGCUGCAGCAUUCUUCCAGUCCGUGGGGAAUUUCCUGGGAAUCUUCGCUGGCUCAUUUGCAAUGGGGUCUGCAUAUGCUGUUGUCACAGCCCUGUUGACCAAAUUUACCAAACUGUGCGAGUUCCCCAUGCUGGAAACGGGCCUGUUUUUCCUGCUGUCCUGGAGCGCCUUCCUGUCUGCCGAGGCCGCCGGCCUGACAGGGAUAGUUGCUGUUCUCUUCUGUGGAGUCACACAGGCACAUUAUACCUACAACAAUCUGUCAUCGGAUUCCAAAAUGAGGACUAAACAGUUGUUUGAAUUUAUGAAUUUUUUGGCUGAGAAUGUUAUCUUCUGUUACAUGGGCCUGGCGCUGUUCACGUUCCAGAAUCAUAUCUUUAAUGCUCUUUUUAUACUUGGAGCCUUUCUAGCAAUUUUUGUUGCCAGAGCCUGCAACAUCUAUCCCCUCUCCUUCCUCCUGAAUCUGGGCCGAAAACAAAAGAUCCCCUGGAAUUUCCAGCAUAUGAUGAUGUUCUCAGGCUUGCGAGGUGCCAUAGCAUUUGCCUUAGCUAUUCGGGACACAGAAUCGCAGCCCAAGCAAAUGAUGUUUACCACCACACUGCUCAUUGUUUUCUUCACAGUCUGGGUAUUUGGAGGAGGAACGACGCCCAUGCUGACGUGGCUGCAGAUCAGAGUUGGCAUAGACCUGGAUGAGUCGCUGAAGGAGGAACCCUCCUCACAACAGGAAGCAAAUAACUUGGAUAAAAACACGACAAAAACGGAGAGUGCGUGGCUCUUCAGAAUGUGGUAUGGCUUUGACCACAAAUAUCUGAAGCCAAUCUUAACCCAUUCUGGUCCUCCACUGACCUCAACGUUACCUGAAUGGUGCAACCCAAUUUCCAGGCUGCUCACCAGUCCCCAGGCCUAUGGGGAGCAGCUGAAAGAGGAUGAUGUGGAGUGCAUUGUAAAUCAGGACGAACUAGCCAUGAACUAUCAGGAGCAAGCCGCCUCACCCUGCAGUCCUCCUGCAAGGCUGGGUCUGGACCAGAAAGCGUCACCCCAGACUUCAAGCAAGGACAACAUUUAUGAGGGGGACCUUGGCCUCGGGGGCUAUGAACUCAAGAUGGAACCAACUCCCAGUCAAUCCCAGCUGAAUAAAUUGGCAUGAGCAGUGCAAAUGUAAUCACAAGUAAUGCAGGGCUCACAGAGGAAUACAAGGCAAGCUGAUGAGGCAGUGUAAGGGAGAGGCUGGAAAAUGUAUUAAAAGCAUAAAUUGGAGAGAAUCAAAACCUUGUCACAUCUAUCCUCUGGUGCCUGGAGAAAUGAGAAUUUAUUAUCAUGGCUCUCUAUUAUGCAAUUGAAUUUAAUUUUUUGACAGCAUCCAUUUUUAUUAAUGAAUUGGGAGGGAUGAAGAGGGAAGGGAGUGAGGACUCUAACUGCUAUAAGGAGGAAAUAUUUAUUUGAGUCUGCAAGGUGUUUCUUCUCUGUAUACAGCUUCCUAGGUCCUGAGAUUUUGGAUUUUAUUCUCUUCAUUAAGGAGAGUUAAUUUUUUUAAAAAGAAGAGCUUCUGAGUGUAAACUGUUGCUCCUAAGCUAAGGGAAUGUCCAGUUUUUAGUGAUAUGUGUUGUAUUUUUAAGGCCUAGACUUUCACUUGCUAUUUGAAGAGCUCAGAUAAGUGCUCCAUUCCCACUGUUGACAGUCUAACAGAACCCACGCGGCACCAGGGGUGGGGGCCAUUAUUCUUGGUGGCACCCUUUACGAGCUGCUUCUCCCGUUUGUCAAAGGGAUCGCGGACACCUGGGUGGCUCAGCGCUAAAUGCAGUGUCGAUUUCCAGCUUAGUAGGACCGUUUCAGGGAACGCUGAUUUCUUUUUCUUUUCCCCAUACCGUGUUUUCCCCUGAAAAAGAGCCUCCCUGUCUUUGCUCGCGUUGUGAGUCACUUCUCCACUCAGAGAUGUUUCUACAAGAGACUGUGCAGGAGACCCCGACAGGCGCCUGGCCUGCAAUUGCAGCGCGCGCUGCGGCUCGGCCGCGCAGGCGCAGUGGGGAGAGGCGCAGAGCCGGCUGUCCAGACACAGAGAGUCCAGGACUCGGCGUCAGGACUCCGCACCCCGGACUCCCCACCCCUCCACCCCCAAGGCUGCUCAUCGCGGCCCGCUUUCCAGAGACCAACGAAACAGCUUUUAAUUCAGCUGCAUGACCUGUGCCUUUUAAGCCUUAAAGAUACCUCAAGCCUGGCUUCUCCCGUAUUAAACUCCAAAAAGCAGGCCCCAGUCUUAAAGGUGCCCAGGCUAGGAUGAGCCCGCUUUCGAGGGAGGUAGGGAAUGCCGCCUGCCCCACGCCCAGAGCUUGGAAGUAACCUCUGCCUUGCUGACCACUUCUUAGGCCUUAAACAUUAACCGCGGUGGUGUCGGCACACUGCUGUGCACAUCGAUUUUUCUCGCUUUCUGAACAAUAGAAUCCGAGGCACGGAUUGUAAGGAUAGACUGAUUACUCCAGGUAAAUAAGACACAUGGUGAAGCAUGACGUUUUCUAAUUUGACUUAAUCCUAAAUAAAAGUUUGUCUUAAGGUA